AUGACAAGUAAUCACGAAACAUCUGGUGAUCAUUAUGUGGAUUCCAUAUGCAUUGGGGUUUCAAAAAUUUUGGACAGUAACAAUUCCGAUGAGGAAGUUUCCACGGAGCCUACUGCUUAUCCUUCUGUUUCAAAUGAUAUAGAUAGUGAUGCCUACUACCCUAUUGAAGAACCCUCUCAUGCCAAGAGAGUGCUCGAAAUAAACCCAAAAUCUGUUGUGAAGGAUUCGAAACAUGGCACCCGUCUGGGCAAUUGGAGACGUGGCUCCGACUUUAGUAAAAAAGCUGUGUUCGUGCAGCCGCAUGAUGGGAAGUUAUUCAAAGUUGUUUCGAAGCACAAUAUGAAAAAAACGAAACCUCCGGACAUCAGCAAAGAAGUUGCCCAGUGUCGGGAAUCUCAUAGUGACUAUCUAGAUUUUUCUAAUAUGAAUCUUCAACAAAUCCCUAAUGGGAUAUUUAAAGAUUUAUCUUUUAUCAAAGAUUUAUUUCUUUAUGGUAAUAAGUUGACUGCAUUACCAAGUAGUAUUAGUCAUCUUACAAAUUUACGAAGGUUAUUAUUACAACAGAAUUGGUUAACAGCUGCAGGUCUACCAAAUGAAAUUACAAAACUUACUAAUUUGGAACAAUUGGAUUUACGCUAUAAUCGGUUAGAUGGUCCACUACCCACGUGCAUAUGUGGAUUGUGUAAUCUGGAACAUUUACUUCUCACCUACAACAAAUUAACGCAUAUUGUAGAUGAAAUAAAAUAUCUAAAGCACCUGUCUGUAUUGGUUGUGAGCCGGAAUCUAAUCCGACAAGAUUUACCUAGCUCUAUUGGAGAAUUGACAAAAUUAGUAAAAUUGGACUUAUCCUUUAAUCACAUCACUUUCUUGCCUGACAGUAUUGGACAGUGUACCUCGCUCCGUGAUCUUAAUCUUCAACAUAACCAAUUGACAAAGCUUCCUGACAGUAUAGGGAAUUUAGUCAACUUGUGUAGAUUAUCGAUCAAGUAUAAUCAGCUGGUAGAAAUUCCUGCAAGUUUGGCCAAUUGUGUAAAACUUGAUGAAUUUAAUGUAGAAAACAAUCAGUUAUCCUCUCUUCCUCAUAAUCUUCUUUCCUACUUACCUAAUCUACUGAAUAUCACCUUGUCAAGAAAUUAUUUUACAAACCUUCCCUCCGGUGACCCACAGCAAUUUCAAAAGUGUUAUACAAUUAAUAUGGAUCAUAAUCAGAUUACAAACAUUCCAAAAUCUAUGUUCAGUUUGGCUACAAAUUUGACAAAACUGAAUUUACGUGAUAAUACAUUGGCUAGUUUAAUUGGACCAGAUUUGCACGAAUUAAAAACAUUAGUUGAAUUGGAUUUUGGCUCCAAUCACUUGACAGAACUGCCUACAGAAAUCGAUACCCUUAUUGCUUUGGAGGUGUUACGACUAAACUAUAAUCAGUUGACUUGUUUACCAAAUGAAAUUACACAGUUAUCAAAACUACGUAUUUUGGAUUUGGAAUCGAAUCUAUUAGAAUCCCUGCCAGAUGACUUAUCUGGUUUAACAUCAUUACAAGAAUUAAAUGUCCUGUGUAAUCGGUUAAAAACAUUUCCAGCGAGCAUCGGACGACUUACUAAACUAAAAGUUAUCAUGGCUGGUGAGAACGAUAUCAAUGAAAUCCCUGUUGAAAUAGGCAAUAUUACAGCACUACACGACUUACAUUUGAAUAAUAAUCCGAAUUUAAACAGUCUACCAGCUGAAUUGUCAUUAUGCAGUAAAUUGAUUAUUUUAAAUUUGGAAAGUUGUCCACUGCGUGCAUUACCGGAACCUAUUGUUCAAGGCGGCUCUGCUAUGAUUAUCUAUUUUUUGCAACAAGUUCUACAAUUGCGAAGACAACAGAAUAUGCUAUAA